GGAGAGAGAGAGAGAGAGAGAGAGAGGGAGAAGGUGUGAUAAUCUGGUGAGAAGUAUUUGAGUAAUUAAAAUGGCAGGAACGGUUGGAGCUCUACCAGAAUCCUUUGCUCCGAGUCCUGACAGUGUCUUCUCUGACCAGUUUGGGUUCUACUCUUUGGACUCAAACGUUCCUGGGCUCUCCAAAGUCAUCCUGGACAAACUGAACAUGAAGGACUACUCUGAGUACAGAGCGGCUCUGGAGGGGAGAGGGAAGGUCGGGUUCCGCUCUCACAAGGAGAUGUUUCAGAAGAUGGAGGAGACUUUUAAGUUCUGUGCCUGCUGCUCUAAACUCCCUGCCCACCUGCCCGACCCCUCGGCGCUCAGACGCUGUGCUAAGUGCCUAAACGUGUACUACUGCAGUAAAGAGUGUCAGAAGAAGGACUGGAGUCUUCAUAAGAAGUUCUGCAAGAAGUUGAGAAUGGUGGCCAUAGACAGGCUGAUAGACUGGCUUAUACACACAGGAGACCUGCCCUUCUCCACAGCAGCGUGGUCUAAACCUGCUAAAGAGGUUAGUUGCUGGGACGACUGGCUCUCCAUGCAGGGUGACCUCACAGCCCGCAUGGAACCUAUCCUGUCUGGGAAGAACAUGGCAGAACUCUGGACCAAUGCAUGCCGGCCACGCCCAGAGGAAGCAGAGCUUCGUGAAUCUGUGUGGCGUGUGUCUAGCGAGUUCCUCUCACGUUCGCUGACAAUAGGACUCGGGAUUAGAAUGUUUCAUCUUGACCCGUAUUCCAGACCUCUCACCAUACACCUGGUCGGGGCCGGGCAUAACGAGACCCUGGGUGCAAGGACAACAGAUCUGGAUGAGCUGAGCCAUAUGUUCCCUGGACAUCAGGGUCUGGAGGUUGUCAUGGUGGGGCCAGAGGUGGUGCAGGGGCCCAUUGUGAGGCCUCCAUUAAGAGCGUUUGGUCCACGAGGAAGGGUCUACAUCAGCGCCUACAAGGGUCUGUACCAUGAGUUCUGGGAAGAGCUUGUGGAAAAAGGCGAGGCAGCAAGACCAGACUUAGUGAUGGGGUUUCAUCCAGGGUUUCAUGCGUCUCAGGGUUUAGGAGAAGGCUGGCUGCCCACGCUGCUCUUGCUCCGAGACUACAGCAUUCCCUCAAUGUUCACCAUGUACAAUGAUAGAGAGCAGCAGUACUCUGUGCAGAUCCUGGUGGAGUUGGAGAUGGACAUUAAAGGCACUGGACCGAACCCUUUCAGCUCCCAGAAGCCUGAGCAGGUGCAGUCGAGUCCCAAUAAAGAGCCGAGCUACUGCAAUGCUGUCUACGUUAACUUCCAGGGCCUGCUUGGAUCAUAAGCCGGAUGAGGAUGACCAGGUCUUCCACAAACACCUUUACUCUCUUAUCUUAUAACUGUAGCAUGAAUGAAGCUU